CCUUGGAAAGAAAGCCUCGGUCCUAGGGCAGAAGGAGAAGCGUCUGCAGGGGCCAGAGAAAGCAGGUAGCUGCCGGUGCGCCCCCCCACCCCAGAGCACUAGCUCUGCCUCCCCCUCUCUCCCCCACCCCCACCUCCUCAUUGGUGCUAGUUUGCAGCGCCCAGCUCUUGCGCCUUUGCUUCCAUUUGAAUCUGGCUCUCCCCUCCGUAUUAUGUCUGCACUCCGAAGGAAAUUUGGGGACGAUUACCAGGUAGUGACCACCUCGUCUAGCGGCUCCGGCUUGCAGCCCCAGGGGCCGGGCCAGGACCUGCAGCAGCAGCUUGUGCCCAAGAAGAAACGGCAGCGGUUCGUGGACAAGAACGGCCGGUGCAAUGUCCAGCACGGCAACCUGGGCAGCGAGACGAGCCGCUACCUCUCGGACCUCUUCACCACGCUGGUGGACCUCAAGUGGCGCUGGAACCUCUUCAUCUUCAUUCUCACCUACACCGUGGCCUGGCUCUUCAUGGCGUCCAUGUGGUGGGUGAUCGCCUACACUCGGGGCGACCUGAACAAAGCCCACGUCGGCAACUACACGCCCUGCGUGGCCAAUGUCUACAACUUCCCUUCCGCCUUCCUCUUCUUCAUUGAGACCGAGGCCACCAUCGGCUACGGCUACCGCUACAUCACCGACAAGUGCCCCGAGGGCAUCAUCCUCUUCCUCUUCCAGUCCAUCCUCGGCUCCAUCGUGGACGCCUUCCUCAUCGGCUGCAUGUUCAUCAAGAUGUCCCAGCCCAAGAAGCGCGCCGAGACCCUCAUGUUCAGCGAGCACGCGGUGAUCUCCAUGAGGGACGGGAAACUCACUCUCAUGUUCCGGGUGGGCAACCUGCGCAACAGUCACAUGGUCUCCGCGCAGAUCCGCUGCAAGCUGCUCAAAUCUCGGCAGACACCUGAGGGUGAGUUCCUGCCCCUUGACCAACUUGAACUGGAUGUAGGUUUUAGUACAGGGGCAGAUCAACUUUUUCUUGUGUCCCCCCUCACAAUUUGCCACGUGAUCGAUGCCAAAAGCCCCUUUUAUGACCUAUCCCAGCGAAGCAUGCAAACUGAACAGUUCGAGAUUGUCGUCAUCCUAGAAGGCAUUGUGGAAACAACUGGGAUGACUUGUCAAGCUCGAACAUCAUACACUGAAGACGAAGUUCUUUGGGGUCAUCGUUUUUUCCCUGUAAUUUCCUUAGAAGAAGGAUUCUUUAAAGUUGAUUACUCCCAGUUCCAUGCAACAUUUGAAGUCCCCACCCCACCUUACAGUGUGAAAGAGCAAGAGGAAAUGCUGCUCAUGUCGUCCCCUUUAAUAGCACCGGCCAUUACCAACAGCAAAGACAGACCUAAUUCUGUGGAAUGCUUAGACGGGCUAGAUGACAUUAGCACAAAACUUCCAACUAAGCUGCAGAAAAUUACUGGAAGAGAAGACUUUCCCAAAAAACUCUUGAGGAUGAGUUCCACAACUUCAGAAAAAGCCUACAGUUUGGGAGAUUUGCCCAUGAAACUUCAACGAAUAAGUUCAGUUCCUGGCAACUCAGAAGAAAAACUGGUUUCUAAAACCACCAAGAUGUUAUCUGAUCCCAUGAGCCAGUCUGUGGCUGAUCUGCCACCAAAGCUUCAAAAGAUGGCUGGAGGAGCAGCUAGAAUGGAAGGAAAUCUUCCAGCAAAAUUAAGAAAAAUGAACUCUGAUCGCUUCACAUAACAAAACAUCUCCUUAGGCAUUAUUUAAUGUUUGAUUUAGUAAUAGUCCAAUAUUUGGCUGAUAAGGUAAUCCUCCCUAAGGAAUCUGAAGGUCAAUUUUUCUCCCAGUCCUAUAAGCGUAUUUGAAAACUUUUCCUUCCCAAAUAUCGCUAAUAGGCAGAAAACAAAGGUUACGAAGGGAGGAUAUUAUAAGGAAGUUAUAAUGGGCAUGUAUUAUCACAUCAAGCAUGCAAUAAUGUGCAAAUUUUGCAUUUAGUUUUAUGGCAUGAUUUAUAUAUGGCAUAUUUAUAUUGUAUAUUCUGGAAAAAAAUAUAUAUAUAUAUUUAAAGGGGAGGUAUUCUCCCCAACAUUUCUAACAUAUGUAUUAAGCCAAACAUGAGUGGAUAGCUUUCAGGGCGAUUAAACUACAUAUAUAUGUGUGUGUGUGUGUGUGUGUGUAUGUAUAUGCACAUAUACAUAAACAUAUACACAUACACACACAUACAUACAUAAAUAUCUGACAAAAUCGUGAUGUUCUGUUCAAAGUUGUAGUUCUCGUGCAUGUUUACUUUAUUAGACUAGAAAGGCUACUGGCAUUAAUUAUUAAUACCAAAUAUUUUAGCCUUAAAUUAUUUGUCAUUUUAAAAUCUGAUUUAAUGUUUUCUGCUGUUUAAGGUCCUAGGAGGUUUUUGACUGUAUUUUAUAUGAGAAUCACACAAGUUUGUGCUGUUUAUGGCCCUGCAAAAAUAUAAUCAUUAUAUGUUUAACUUGUAAAUUCUGGAUCAUACCAGUCAAUGUACAUCGCUGAAUUUUUUUAUGAUUUUUAAAAGUUGCUAGUACUGGGCGGGGGGAUCAAUGCUGAUUAAUUUGAGAGUUGGUCCUUUCUUGGGCUAAUUAAAAUUUGGAAAUUUGUUUUCUAUACAAUCUAAUACUAGUGUGAGCGCUGAACAAAUGCUGGAUCAAUGUAAUAGUCAGUAGCCAAGCUAUAAUGAAUAUAACAGAAUCUGUGUGAAAUUACAUAAUUAAUGGUCCUGUUUUAAACUGAGUCAGUUGGAAAUAUUUUCCUCUUUUUCUGGAAACCUUAUCCAUUUUAGAAAGACAAUCAUUUAUCCUUAAUGAGACGUGACAAUACAAUGAAACAGAUGAUAAAUAAUUAUGCUUAAAAUA